GUGGGCUACUAUAACACAAAUUUAUUUAAAGUAAAAGAAAAAAACAACAACUCUCGAUUAAACUCUGAUCUGUUAAUGAGAUAUUGAGGCCAGAGCCACGCGUUCAUCUUUAAAUCUUUAACUUCUACCCUCUCCGAGUUAACAUGUAUUGCAUGUCGUUUGGGAACUUUGCCCUGUCCCACCACAACACUCUCCACUUUUCAUAUCUUCAUUGCUCUCUCAAGGCUCAACAGUAGAGCCAAAACACACAGGGCAACUGACUCACAAGGAGAGAGGAUGAAAUACACGUUCCAAAAGAAAACCUCACCUCUUUCUCUUGUGACCGCUGCAAGCAAACAAUCAGGACCUGCUCUUGUAUCUGGUUGAAAACUUCACAGCAGGUUCAGUCUGGAUUUAUUUGUCGCUUUUUUUCAAAAUUUUGGUGGAAGAUUUUCUAAGGAUCUUGGCCAAAGACGGAACUGGCGAAGGUGACUCUUCAGACAAAAUAUACAUCGGAAGACAAAACUUGCAUGGUUCUUCUAAAGGCUUCCUGGGAUCUUAGCUGCAAACUCACCAAGCCAUGGCGGAGAGAAGACAUUUGAGCUACAAUGUCCAGAGGGAGAUCCUGGAUGAAGAGGCAGUGGAGGAGAUGGCCGAAAAGUCUGACACUAAGACAUCUCUCUGUCAGAAGGUCAAAACGUCAAUGAGGUGUUCUGGUCCCAGGAUGAAGAGUUGCUUCCUGAGUAGUGUUCCUGUUGUAUCGUGGCUGCCUCGUUACUCCUUCAGAGACAACGCCCUGGGGGACCUGAUCUCUGGGAUGAGUGUGGGGAUCAUGCAGCUGCCGCAGGGUAUGGCAUAUGCCUUGCUGGCAUCUGUUCCCGCCGUCUAUGGACUAUUCUCCUCCUUCUAUCCGGUCCUCGUCUACUUCAUCUUCGGCACAUCUAAGCACAUCUCAGUCGGAACAUACGCCGUGAUGAGCGUGAUGAUAGGAGGAGUGACUGAGCGAUUGGCCCCAGACUCAAACUUUAUGUCAUGGGACAACGUAACAAACAGCAGCGUAGUUGACAUAAAUCUACGUGAUGCAGAGAGGGUCAGAGUGGCUGUGGCUGUCACCUUUCUAUCUGGAAUAUUUCAGAUUCUGCUCGGCCUGGUCCAGUUUGGUUUCGUGGUGACCUACCUGUCCGACCCGCUGGUCCGAGGUUACACCACAGGAGCGGCCAUCCACGUCAUCGUGUCCCAGCUCAAAUACACCUUUGGCAUCAACCCGAAGAGGCACAGUGGACCUCUCGCCCUGAUAUAUACUGUGCUGGAGCUGUGCUAUCUCAUUCCAGAUACAAACACUGGCACUCUUGUGGUGAGCGUCGUCGCCAUCGUUGGCCUCAUCGCCGCAAAGGAGCUCAAUACGUACCUGGGUAAAAAACUACCUGUUCCUAUACCCGUGGAACUGAUUGCUGUCAUUAUAGCGACAGUAGUCUCUUGGCAAGUUAAGUUGGAGGAGACCUACGGAGUGGAUGUGGUGGGAGUGAUUCCCUCAGGUCUCCAGCCACCUGUUCUCCCGACUUUCUCGCUGUUUAGCGAGGUGAUCGGAGACGCCUUCGCCCUGUCUGUGGUUGGCUAUGGCAUCGCCAUCUCUCUGGGACGAAUCUUCGCCCUCAAGUAUGGAUACAAGGUGGACAGUAACCAGGAGCUGAUCGCCCUGGGUUUGAGUAACUCAGUUGGAGGACUCUUCCAGUGUUUUGCUGUCAGCUGCUCCAUGUCUCGCAGCUUGGUCCAGGAGAGCACAGGAGGGAAGACUCAGGUUGCUGGGGCUCUGUCGGCGCUAGUUAUCCUUAUCAUCACGCUGUGGAUUGGACGUCUCUUUGAAGAUCUGCCCAAGGCUGUGCUGGCGGCCAUCAUCUUCGUCAACCUCCACGGCAUGAUGAAGCAAUUUAUGGACAUCCGUGCUCUGUGGAAGAGCAACAAAAUAGACAUGGUGAUCUGGGUGGUCACCUUCAUCCUGACCGUGCUACUGAACCCCGACCUGGGACUGGCUGCUGCCAUCGCUUUCUCCAUGCUCACUGUCAUCUUCAGGACGCAGCUGCCUAAAUACUCCCUGUUAGGGAAGCUUCAUGAAACAGACAUUUACAUGCCACUGGAGGACUACGGUCAAGUGAAGCAGGUGCCGGGGGUUUUGAUCUUUCGUUCCUCUGCCACCCUCUACUUUGCCAAUGCUGAAAUGUACCAAGAGGCCCUGGGAGAGAAGUCUGGCAUUGACAUUACAAAGUGCCUGGCCGCAAAGAAGAAGCUAGAGGCCAAAAGAAAGAGGCAUGAGAAGAAAAUUGCCAAGAAAGCCAAGAAGGAACUCAAGAAGAAUGGAGGAGUCAUGGACGUGGAGCCAAAUAAGACUGAGGACGUCGCCGUCAUUGAGAUGGAUGACGAGCCCGACCCCUCGCUCCCGAGAUUCAUCGUGCUCGACCUCUCGCCCGUCAACUUCCUGGAUACUGUGGGAGUGAAGACGCUACGAAAUAUUCGGAAAGACUAUGGAGAAAUUGGCAUAGAGGUGGUUCUCGCUGGUUGCCAAAGUGGUGUAGUGGACAACCUGCAGACUGGAGGUUUCUUUAACGACAAAGUGACCAAGUCCUGCCUCUUCGUCAGCGUCCACGACGCCGUCCUACACUGCCAGUCUGCCAUAGUGCAGAGACAAAAGGACACCCUAGCGACAUAUUUCUGAGUCCUGAAAGGAGACCCGAGACCCCCACAGACCCCUUCCCUGUCAGCGAGGAGGACUUCCACCAGUGAGCUUCGGAUAAUGCAGCAAUGUACACCGUGUGUAUGGAUGUAGAUAUGCACGACCAUGUGUUGUCGUCCUGAUUGCGUGACUUGUAUAAAUUAAAACGUGAACAAAAGAAAAAAUGGUGUUUGAUAAGGCUGCACCUUUCUGAUCAGUGCUAGAUUCAGUGUUUUAGUUUGAGCUGUUAUCGUCAGUGUGGAUGCAGUAUGUGUACAUUACUGUAGACUAAGCUAUGUGUAUUUAUAUAUAUGCUGUGUAUUAAUUAUAACUUAUAGACCAAAAAUCAACCAUUCUAUCAAAUAAAUGAAAAGAUGACUUGA